AUGAAGUACCUCGACAUCCCCUCGCUCGCGCUGCUCUCCUCGGCCCUGUCCUACUCGAGCCCCGAAUGCAAGGUUCACACCCGGUUCGAAGCAUACACUUGCAAGGAAGUCAAGAAGGAGCGUAAACUUCGGCGAGAGCUCGAAGAGGUCUGGAAGGGCGAGGUCGGAGAGGUCGAUGAACUCUCCAUCUCCCCGGAAGACAAGCUCCCUCUCUUCUCCUCGCCAUUCGGCGACCUCCAUGCCUCGUCAGCUCGCAAGAUCCAUUUCCUGCUCGUGUCGACGCUCAAUCAAGCUUACCCGGACUACGACUUUACCCAUCUCGGCGCCGACGAAUUCGAGAGGGAGCCUGCUGGAGUCAUCGGGAUCCUCGCGGCUCUGAGUGGAGUCGUUCGAGGUGGUGUCGAUAGGACGGGGAGUAGCCCCCGGUCUUACGGAUCUUACCCGACGGCCAUCCUCACUCCUCCCCAAUUCUCGUCUUCGCUACCUCCAUCUUCACUUCCCGAAGGGACCACCCAGCAAAUGAUGGACCUCUCCAACAUCGCCCACCCUACCUUGCUCAAGAUCCUUCGCGAGGUCAUCGACCUAGAUGAUUGCAUCGCCUAUUCCUACAACCCUAGCGCCGAUUGCGACCCGCACGCGGAAGACGACGACCCGGACGACGAAGACGUUGAACUCGGCGAGGCUGACGACCCAUCCUCUGGUUAUCGACGGGACACUUCUACCAACGAUAAUGGUGGUCCAGAUGAGACGUUCGACAGUGCCGAUGUGUUUGCGUCUUCGGACGACGAGGAGGGCAUGAUCAUGGAGAUGGAGCUGGACGACCCGACGGCCGAGAAGGAGCGCAAACUGAAGCAAGAUGCUCUCAAGGAAAGUAGGAACAGGAUAAGGAGGGAGAGCAUGUUGGACGCCGGUCGGGCCGGACGAGGGAGUGGAGGGCUGUUGUGGAGCGUCAACUACUUUUUCUACUCCAAACGUCAACGGCGCAUCCUGUUCAUCUCGGUUUGGGCACGUAAAAGACAAUCCGCCUUUCUCGCUCCGAUCACGAUGCCCCUGCAUAACCCGUUCAAGACGCACGGUGUGCACCCUCACCACUCGUCGUCCCCUCGAGGCGGAUUCGCAUCGAGCUCAAUGCCCAGCCUGACAGGCCUGGCCGAGAGCAUUCACAAGGAACUUCGUGCGGUUCCACCCACCGCUGCUGCUGUCGCUUCUUCCAAUGCGAUCACUAGCUCGACUCUCUCCAAGCUACCCGUGCUCGACAGGACGAGCGCGAGUCCCCAAAAGGGAGGAUCGUCCGCUCGGCCCCGUCGUCGACGCCGAAGCGAGAGCGUCGCGAGUAACCGAAGCGGGGUCAGUAUCCGAGCUCGAGGGAAACGCAUCAAGGCUUGA